AUGAAACAUGAAAAAAAAUUAGUAUUAUUAGAAGAGCAUUCCAGGUGACAAAUCUUUUUAUAAUAUUUUUCAAAAUUUUAUACUUUCUUUAUUUGAAAUUCAUAUUAAAUAUUAAUUAAUUAAAUUUGUAUAUAAUUGCUUUUUAUUAAUUUAUUAUUUCAAAUUUAGGUAAAGAUACUACACAAGUUUGAAUAAGAUUAAUGCUAUCAAAAGUCAUAAAAUAUUUUGUUUAAACACUAUUCCAUGAUCAUUUUUUCAAAAGAAUAGACGAUGAAUAUUUAUGUAUUUAUGAAAAAUUUGUAGAUUGCACAUAAUAUAUAAAUAUAAUGUAAAAUAUUUAAAACAUAGUAUUUAUAACAUUUAACAAGUAGAACAAUUUUCUAUUUAAGUUUGAUUUUAUAAAUAUUUGUAUAAAUAUUCUAUCAAUGACACAUGAAGAACACAAGUAAAGAAAGAAAAAUUGAAAAGAGAAAAGGUUACAGAGAAAAGUGCAAAGACCUCUUUUUGAAUUCUAGUGUAUGAUGCGUCCGUGAAAAUUCCAUCAGGUGUAAUCACGGGCAAUUAUCAGCAAUUGGGCAAUUAUGACGAGUGUCUGCAAGUGAAAAGCGGACACGGAUUCACCGGGAAGGCCUGUAGUGCCACGGUGAAUUUUGAAAUCGCAAAGGACAACGGUAAACCACGCCAACCUGAUAUAGGUGAUCUGCUUUUGAAUGUAGCCAUCGCUUCAUUUUGCAAUGCAGAAGCCCUUGAUACAGAUAUUACAAAGGUCCUUUUAUUCAGGGUAUUGCCAAUUGAAAUAUUGACUUCUGAUCCUAUUUGUUUGACUCUUAAGCUUGGAUACACGAAAUGGAAAUCAGGACGAUCAGUAAACUACGAGUGGAUGUGGUGCGUUCCAUCAAGUUGUAAUAUUACAGAUAUUCAGGAGGCUGCCGAGCUUGGCCUCGACCCUCUGAAGGUGGAGGAUCGCGUGGACAUGGUGAUAAACGUAUCGUGUCGCACCGCAGAAACAGAUCAGUCGGUUUUCGACGUAACUGACUGGAUUUACAUAUAAGAAAUAUAUUCUUCUGACUUCGUUCUCCAUCUACACGAAUGGGAAGAAUUUAUUGAAAACAGACAGACACCGCGAUUCAAUCAAAUGCCUUGAUGGACUGCGCUAUAUUAGUAUUUGUUGGAUUAUCUACGGUCAUACUCAUUAUACGGAGGUGGUUGGCGUUAAAAUGAAUUUGAGUGAAAUUCCACAGAUGCAUAUAAAUUGGGCCAACAUGUUAGUACUCAAUGGAAACAUCAUCACCGAUACAUUUUUCCUCAUAAGCGGAGUUCUAAUGGCAUAUACAAUCUUAACAAAAAGUGAAAAGAAUUCACAAGAUCAUUUUGAUGUGAUCAGUCUUUAUCUCCAUCGUUAUUUUAGAUUAACUCCAGCAUAUGCUAUGAUGAUUGGAUUUUACGCUACCUUAUUUUAUAAAGUUAGCUCGGGCCCACAUUGGGACCAAUGGGUUGGUGCCAAUAGAGAUUAUUGUCGAGAAAACUGGUGGCUUAACUUGCUCUACUUGAAUAAUUAUAUCCAUUUACCUAGAAUUUGCAUGUCUCAGUCUUGGUAUCUGGCGACUGAUAUGCAACUUGUUUGGCUGUCACCGAUUUUCUUGUACCCUAUGCUCAAGUUUACAAGAGAAAUCUUCUUCUGGCUUGUUUUCGCGUUAGGAUUAGUCAUCUCCAUUUUAAUUCCAUUUUUAAUAACAUUUUGUCUCAAGCUAAAUGGGACUAUGCUCUAUUAUAAAGAAUGUAUGUAACGUUUGGUUGGCUGAUAGCUGCAGUUUCCGGUUUCUUCAUAUUCGUAUGUCCCCGCUGGAUGUAUUUUGAUGAUCAUCGUUACAAUGAAUUAGAAGCAAGUUUUUACGCAGGAUUCCACAGACAAAUUUUUGCUCUUUCUAUUUCCUGGCUUAUCUUUUGUUGCGUUCAUGGCUAUGGUGGUUUUGUGAAUCAGUUCCUGUCUUGGAAAGGUUGGGUUCCUUUCAGUAAGUUAACUUAUAGCGCUUAUCUGUGCCAUUAUGUAUUUUUGUUACUAGAAGCUGGAUCAGUUCGGACUCCUGGCACAAUUUCAACUAUGUCGAUUCUUCGUAGUUUCUUCAGCAACCUGUGUCUCACAAUACUUCUCUCUGUACUCUGGACACUCUGCUUCGAGAUGCCUUUUAUGACACUAGAUCGAACAUUCUUUUCUCACCGCCGGAGUCAAUCAAAAUUGAUUUCAAAACCAAAUCAAGGGAAGAUAUUCGGUUCUACUGAUUCUAGCAAAGAGAUAUAUCGUUCUACAGAAGAAUCUUCGGCUACGAUUACGCAAGAUAGUGAAGAUACUUUUAACCAGAAAUCCAGCAAAGAUUUUGAUGACUUAAAAUCCGAUGACAGAGAUGAUAAAUGUCCAUUCAUCUUCGUAAUCGAAGCAGAACGUGACAAUUCUUGGGCACAGUUAAAAAAUGUUCAUCAAAACAGUGGUUUUGAUGAAGAUCUGGAUGAGACGUUCAAAACCAAAGUAGAAGAAAGAAUAGAUUGUGAUUACGGAUCGAUCGUAAACGAGAACUUAAUAAGGAAAGCAGAAGCCAAGGAACUGGAUCAGGCUAACAAUAGUUGAUCAACGAUUCAGUACAAUAUCAAAUUAGCUUGCUGGUCAAGCAUUUAUAUGCGAACAGACGUGAGAUUAAGAAACAACAAUAAGAGUUUGUUGUAGAAAUAUCUCUUUGUUGAUUCAGGGAUUCCUAUAAAUAGUGAGUGAUAGUUAUACCAUAUUUUUCUUCUCUUAAUAUUCGUCUGCUGCAUUUUCUUUAUUUUGUUAUUGUUUUUAAGGGAUAUGGUCGAAUAUGUGAUAUAACAAACAGUGAUUCUUUAUAUAAUGAUGAAUUAAAAGCAUCUUAUGUCUAUUAAUAUAUUUUUAUUAUAUUUUAUUAAAUCUUUUCAUUAUUUUUCAUUAUUUAUGCAAUAUUUUAACAUCACAUUUUAUCAUUAUAUUGUAGUGUUACAUUGUUCUGUAACGUAGAUAAUAGGAAAGCAAUUUAUAUUUGAUUUAGUAUAUCAAUUUGAUCUUAACAUUUGAAUAGAAUUUGUUUUUUUAUAUAUGUGCUAAAUUUUGUAUUAGUAGAUUUGUAAAAAAUAAUUUGUUAUUGUACAAAGAAUCACAAUUAUGUAAUUAUUUUACUACAUUCUGUAGAUACUUGUAGAUUCAAAUCGCGUUUCACGAUCUGAUGUUGAUCCAUUGACGUGAAAAUAAUUUAAUCGAACGUCUAGAACAAUGAUGAACAAUCUAUCUAAUCUUCCAACUACUUAUCUGCGUUUCGUUAAAUAACUAAAGUAUUCGGUAAGACACUGUUUUAUUCUAUGUCAGAAAUGCCAAAUUCCAUUCUAUAUAAGUUAAAAUUUUUUUAAAUUAAUAUAUAAGUAUUUAAUAAUGCGUAAUAUUCUAUACGCAUAAAAUAAAAAUCGCAUAGAAUGUUAGAUUUUUAAUUCUGAUCCAUUAUAAAAUAAAAGUUGCUCAUCACUGAUCUAGAAGUUAGGAAAUAAAGGUACAAAUCAGCUGUGAGAAAUCAUCGACUAUUAUUAAGCAUAAUUAAGAGAUGUUUUCUCGAUGAUUUAUAGAAAUGAAAAAAGUAGAAAAAUAAAUUUACGAAAAUGAAAAUUUUAUAAGAAAAAUAUCGACGAUGAUCGAUUAAUGAAUUUUUGGGAUUUUGAAUUUUUUGAAAUAUUUUAACAUUCCAAAUUACAAUUUAAAUCCAAUGUAUAUACAUUUGAAAUUUGGAAAUCUAACAAAAUACGUUAAUUAACUUAAUAUUUACUAAUAAUAUUGCAGUAAAAUUAGUCAAUACGAUGCAAAAUACAGUAUUAUAACUAAUGUUAAGUAUUCUAAUUAAGGAUUAUAUUAUGGCCAUGGAUUGAGGAAAAAAAUAAAUUUGUUUUCUUUCGUUAUAUUUAAUUUUUUUAUACAUCAAUUCGAUAAUUCAAAAUUUUUAAUGCCAACAUUUUUAAAUAAUAUUCUUGUUAAAUAAUAUAUUGAUACAUUUUUUAUAGCGUGCAAAAUGAAUUAUCUAAUGCAUAAUACAAUAUAAUUAUUCUUUAUUUUUUUCUUUGCAAUAUCCUCAUAUUCUUUGCAUAUCAAUCCUAUGAAAUAUAUGUAUGUGUACAUAUAGAAACAAUUUUUUGGCAUUAAAAGACAAAUUAUGAAAAUAAUAGAUAAUACCAACUAUUCUCUGUAAUGCUAAGAUGUUAAAAUAAGAGGGAAAUAGAUCAGUAUAGAUUUGUAGGUAAUAGAUCAUAUUAGUCCCAGCUCGUGUCACUGUUUACUUAGGAUCUAAGUCUUACACUGGUGACCUCGACCAAUCUUUUCUACACGAAUACAUUUUUCUUUUUCAAACAUAAUCCACAAGAAGUGACAAGUAAGGCGAGAAAAGAAUGAACUACUUGUUUUGUCCGUGGAAGAAAUCGAUAUUUUACAUGAAGAAAACCCAUCUUUUCGUAACAUUGAUUUUCUUUAAAUUUUCCAUUGUACUUAAAAAUUCUUAUUCUGACAUAAAUUAAAUAAUUAACAUUGCAAUAAAAUUUUGCUGUAGAAUAUUUAUAAAUGAAAGGAGCGAGUUUCUUUAUUGAGUAAUAAGAUGAAAAUUGAAUCAAAGAUAAAUUAUAUGAGCCAUUAUGGAACAUUAGCAAAACGAAUGAAUAUGUGGGAAUUCGACGAUAUCAUUAACAGAGAGAAGAGAUUUCAAGGGUUGCAAGUGCAGUUGCAACACGUGUUUAAAACGCCCUUGGGACGUUCACCCUUCCGUGGGAAAAUCGAUCCUAUAUUUUCGGUCAAGUAUUCAAAAAGGGAUCCGCAUGUUUUCCAAACGAUUAACAACUUAGUCAGGCAAUUGAAGAUAUCUCGUAGAGAAUAAAAGUCUCUUACAAAGAAGAAAAGAAAGCUAUUUAGAAAAUUUUCUCUUCGCUCUCAAGCUAUAGUAUUAAGUUAUAUUUAGAUUGUUUAAAUUAUUAAUCACUCAGGUUUAAAUUACUAAACAUAUAUUAAUAUUAAUUGAAUUGUGCAAGCGAAUCCAUAGUUUUCGGCAGCUAUUGCGUAUUAAAAUUCUUCGUAAAUAAUCUAAUAAAUGAUGAGAACUAUAUUCAUCGACAAUGUCAUAUCCAACUGUCAGCAGUCCCUAUUUAGGGAGGAAUGCAUUUAGUUAUUGCGGAGGAGUGAAUGGCAGAUUGCGAUUGCGUGAAUUGAGGUUAGGUUAUCGUAACCAGUAGAAAUGAUCGACACCCCGUGGCGAGGAACACAGGGAGCGAGUUUCUGAAUCGUCAUGAAUGUGUGGCCAACAUCUGGGAAAGCCCACUGUUUUUCCGCAACGGAGCAACAUUUGUCCCCUUUUAUUCUUUUGGCAAACGUUAUUUAUGUUCUAGCCAAUAGCAUUAUUUCCAUACCGAUUUCCAUCCUCAAUAUCCGGCCGUUUUUAGUCACGCUUUAUUAGCAUGCACAAUAAACUAGUAGAAUGAAGAACAGAAAGACCUUGGAAAUACGCAGUUACGUUUAUUGAGAAUUUCUGGAAAGUGAAGAGUGACUAUUCGAUAAUUCUGAAACGAUAUAAAAACAGAUGUUUGAAAAAUUUGAAAGAACUCUUUGUUAAAUAUACACAUGUAUAUGUAAUAUAUAUGUUGGAAUUGUUAUGUAUGAUAUAUAAUUGUUUCAAUAAUCUUUACAUACAUUCAUUCUUCGUAUUAAUUUUUUUAUUCCAUGUAAUAAUUCAUUUUCAAUUUCUAAAUUAAUAAAAUUUCAUAAGAAAACUAUGUUCUUUAUACAUAAUUAAGAACCGUAGAAUUCUUUACAUAAUAAAGAAUUCCACGAUUAUCCUUCAUGAUAUAAUAAUAAAAUAACAGAUUAUAUCUUAUGAAUAAUGCAGAAUAGAAUUAUAUCUUAUGAAAUGUUAUUAAUCGUGGUUUAUACUCUUAUAAAGUAAAAUUAGAUUAACGAAUGAAGAAGAGAAAAAGAAAUAUCCUUAAAAUUUUUUUCUAAGUUAUAGGUACAAAAAAAGGAAAGAAAGAAAGAAA